AUGAACGAGUCCCGGAAGAGGCUUACGGAGAAGUCAAACACUGUUGAAUAUCUAUUGGCAAACAAGAAAGGCCAGCUCCCGGAUAGUCAUCAGGUCAAGGUCGCGAUCCUCGGUAGUGGAUAUACAGGAGUUGCGGUUGCCGUAUCGCUACUUUUCAAGCGCAUUGCCUCGGAGCUGGUGCUGAUAGACGCGAACGAAAGUCUCGCGAGGGCAGAGGCCCAAGAUAUCAGCCACGCGGGCGCUUUCCUGGGCAACCCGAGUAUCUACGGGACCAAAGAUUACAGCGAGGCCAGGGAUGCCGCGGUCUGCGUCAUUGCCGCAGGUGCCAAGCAACAGCCCGAGCAGACCCGAGAAGAUAUGCUCCGGAAGAAUCUCGACAUAUUUAAAACCCUUGUUCCUAAUGUCUGCAAGUUCGCGCCCAACAGCGUCCUCGUAAUUGUCUCCAGUCCAGUCGAUAUUUUAUCCUACGUAGCAAUGAAACUCUCCGGGUUCCCGCCUAAUCGCGUAAUUGGUAUCGGAACUUUCUUGGAUAGCUGUAGAUUUCGGUAUUUAAUCAGUCAAAAACUUGGUAUUGCUCCAAGUUCUGUCCAGGCGAUGAUUAUCGGAGAAAACGGAACCACAUCUGUGCCAGUUUGGUCAGCGGUGUCUGUCAUGGGAAUGAAAUUGAAGGACAUAAACAAAGAGAUAGGCACAAAGUUCGACCCUGAGGGCUGGAAUGAACUUCAUAAUAAAGUCGUUAGCAGUACUGACGAUUUAAUAAGGAAAAAAGGUUACUGUAGUUGGGGAAUCGGGCUCUGUGUUGGUGAAAUUGUUGACGCGAUCAUUAGGAACACCUGCGUGUGCCUCACAGUUUCUACUUUCCUCAAGGGCUGCAAACAUGGACUCGAGAAAGAUAUUUAUAUGUCUCUGCCCUGCAUCAUCGGGCGAAAUGGCGUGCAAUCCUUAAUUCGCUAUCAGUAUACCGAAGAAGAACAAGAAUUGACGACAAAAUCUUGCAAGUCGAUAUACGAAUUACAAAAGACGAUUUUAGAUAAAUUGGAAUAA